UCCCAUUGGCUGAUUGGUGAGGCGGCUGCACCCCAUUGGCUGAGGGCACAGAGAGACGGGCGCAGAAGGGGAAGAUCAAGAAGAUGGCGGGUCUGGGCUCGCCGCUCCGUACCCUACGGAGCCUCGUUCGGGAGCUGCGCUACGUGAGCGCCCAGGCGGGCCGCCCCUACCGGGACACAGCGGCCUAUGGGCACCUCAGGGAGGCCUUCCGCGCCCACCGGGUCACCAGUGAGAAACUCUGCAGGGCCCAGCAUGAGCUGCAUUUCCAGGCUGCUACGUAUCUCUGUCUGCUGCGCAGUGUCCGUCGACACCUAGCGCUUCACCAAGAGUACCACGCCAAAGGAGAGCGCUCCACUGAGGAAGCUGCUGGCCUUGUGGGCCUUAAACUGCCUCAACAGCCAGGAGGGAAAGGAUGGGAUUCAUAGGGAGGGAAGAGUUCGCUAGAAUGUUUGCCGCUCACAAGGACUUAAAAAUGACAUUUGCUUGUUACAAUUCUUAUUUAUUGUUAAAUAAAACAGUUUAUUGAAACUUCA